UGCCGGUAUGUUACACUUGGAGACUGAAACACACAUAGACACACAUAUACACAUAAAACAGGACACACAUACACGUAGAGAAAGACAAGGAAGGGACAGGAGCUCUUUUUUUAUUUCAGCUGGACCACUGAGGUAAUUGAGAGGACAACCUGAAGCAGCAAAAACCGCAACUGUUUUACCCACUCAGCUCCCAGUUCUCAUAAGAGAUAAUCACAUCUGUUACUGAGAAGUGAUGGCCAUACCCAGGAUGUUUAACUCCAACACGCCCUUCGUCAUGGUGGCAGGGGGGUCUGGAUUGUCGUUUCUGGGCAAGCAAGAUGGCCAAGAGUGUGAGGAGGAGAAGGAGUCGCUGGUGCAAGCCGUCGGCCCUCAUCUGAGCCGGGUUAUGGAGCACGGCACCGCCAAACCUAUGGUCGAAGAGGGGCGAGAUGAGUCUGAAGAGAGACCUUAUGUCUCCAUCAUCACCCAAGCUGAGGGAGAAGAGUCCCAGGAGUUCAGCCCAACUGGCAUACAAUACUGCCACUCAAGAUCUCAGAUGCUGAAAAGGAACAGCAAGAAAACAGCACCCGACAGCGGGGGGGCCCCAAAACUCCCACACCACCACCUGCGAAGGAAACAACGGAGGAAAACCCUGGCAGCAAGGCAGAGGCAGGAUGAAGAUGAGGAGCCUCCCAUUAUCCAAGGAUUAUGGGUGCAGGAGAUCGACUGGCUGAGAUCAGUGGAUAAAGACAUCAUACCUCCUCCAUCCCAGUUUAAUGACUGGAUCAUGGAUGCUUGCUGUCACGGAGACUGCAGUUUGGCGUCGGUUUCAGAAACCUGUAUAAAUGACGUGGCAUCAGCGUCCUGCUGCACCAGUGAAGAUGCUAAUGGCUGUGUCAGCAGACUAGAGGAAGUGUCACUGUCAGAGGACCAGUGUGGACUAAAAGACACAGCAGCCUCCUCUAGUGUUGAGAGUAGGGGACUGUCAGACUCUGACUGGGGCCCGGAGGACCCGGGUGGCUCUGAAUCAAUUUGCACUCAUGAGAGCGAGUCGGACUCAUCUUGUUGUGAGCAGAGUAGUUCUGAACUUGUUUUCCGCUUGAAGGGCGCAUCAAACUGUUUCUCGAGCACAGUAACCGCACAGGACAGUUCCUAUGUUGGGCCUGGUGUGUCCGACACAGGCUUUGACCUGAUGGGUGUGUCUGGCUUUAGUUUCUCCCACUAUCAUGCACACUGGGACUCUGAUUCUUCCUCCAGUUGGAAGGAUGCACCUGAAUCCACCAGCAGAGGAACAGGGGAUUGUGCACAAAGCCUUGUGGGAAUUUCAGACUCCACCUUCACUCCGGCUGUUACAUCCACAUCUCUGUGCACAGAUAGUUUCGCCAGUGCGUCCGAUACUGACAUGGUGUUGGACAGACUAAGGGGCAGAGUGACACAGAUGCCGAAGCACUUUGUGUCACCUUUCUUCAGUGAUCUGGUGAAACACACACCAAAUGAGCGGCAGUGCAAUGUACAUGUCAACGAAGGAAUCAUGUUUCAUAAUAAACUCCAACCUCACGAGGGGAAAUACAGGGAAGGAAAAGAGUACUGCACCCUGCACCACAUCCAGAAUGGCUCCUAUGGUGACGUGUACUGCAUACGAGACAAAAGAACCGGAUUCGAGUGUGCAGCCAAGCGGAUUGCAUUGAGUCACUUCAGCAGAGAGGAGGUGAGCACGUGGAGCGCUCUGAACUCUCCUCGUGUUGUGGAGCUCUUUGGGGCCGUGAGGGAGGGACUCAACGUCAUACUUUUUAUGGAUUUAAAGCCAGGUUGUUUAGCCCAGCUGGUAAAAGAAAGGGGAAGCCUACCUGAGGAUUUGGCCCUACACUACCUCUGUCAGAUACUGGGAGCACUAGAGCACCUACACCAAAGAUGGGUCUUGCACCUGGAUGUCAAAGUUGACAAUGUGCUGCUGUCCGCGGAUGGCAGGGACACAUUCCUCUGUGAUUUCGGUCUCUCUGAGAUAUUGGACCACAAUGGACAGAGCACCAAGGCAUUUGAGGGGUCUGGAUUUCCCGGCACGGAGACUCACAUGGCCCCUGAGGUAGCGCGGGGGGACCCGCGAUGUGCCAAGGCGGAUGUGUGGAGCAGUUGCUGCAUGCUACUGCACAUGCUCAAUGGAUGCCACCCCUGGAUACGCUACUACUCCCACCCACUGUGUCUCAAGAUUGCCAAUGAGCCUCCACCUUUUUGGGAGGUGCCCUCCAACUGCAACCAUUUCACCGCUGAGGCAUUUAAGGCCGGCCUGCAGAAGGACCCCGGCCGACGGGCAUCUGCCAGGGAGCUCAGGAAGAAGACCACCAAGGCCCUCAGAGCAGUUGGUGGUCUCAGUCACAGCUCCACCCAGCAUGUCUGCGAACAAUUGGAUCACACCAAGAGUCAGGAUGGAGAAAUACCCCCAUCUGCACCCGCGAUGCACUGGGUCAGCCCCUGGAGAACUACAGCAGCAGAUGAAGACGGCAGUGAUGAGGAGGAGGUUGUUUCAGAAUAUGACGAAGACUCGGAGGCAGAGACCAACUCUAUAUCCAGGGAUCUGGAAUGGGAGUCCCAGCCAAAAUCCUUGCGGGAUGAUUAUGGGGAAAACGAGAGAGACUGGGAAACAUGGUCUGAUUCUGAAGUGGAUAUAUAUAUGGGAGAAGAGGAGUAUUCUCCGGAAAACAGAAUCUGGCCAAGAAAUGACAGAGACUAUGAGGGUGACUGGGAGGAGGAGGGGGAUGAUGAGGAAGGUGAGGAGGAAUGGGAUUCCACCUCUUCCACAGAUUAUUUCCAUGCUCUCAAAGUCCAUUUUGCCGUUCUGAGGAAAGGCCAGCAGGCCACUGGCUACUCAUGGGGAUCACAGCCAGAACUGGAAUACCUCAGAGAUGGUGUGACUAUAGGCAGCAUGGUCCUCAGCAACUCCCCAGAACCCCGAGAUCACCCACCUUCUUGCUUCAGCUGCUCGGACACAUCCCAGAUAGAUGCCUCAGACAAGGAUUCUGACCGUUGGUCCGAUGACCUCAGUUCAGGAGUCUUCUCUUCCUACAACAGCCAGACAGACGGCCAUCUUGAAUGGAUGGUCUCUGCAAAUCAGCCAUCCUCAUACUGCUUUGAAGGUGUUGACAUCUGGAUUGAGAACACCCAUGGAGAGUGCCUGAGGAUUCGUGAGCGGCGGCAGGUCAAAGUGGGCCAUGUUGCUAUUGGAAUUAGCAACCAGAUCUCCAAGAAAGCCUUUACUUUGGAGACUUUGGACAGGAAGACAGUGUCCUCUCGGCAAGAGAUCCAGGAGUCUGGCUUGUGGCUCCGCUGUGUCCCUGCUCCUGACGGAUGCCAGUACUGGACUUGGAGGAUCAAGGAUGGCAAGCUGGAACUACGAGAAUGAGAAAACUGUUGCAGUGUGUGAUGGUUAUAUGUAUGUAUGUAUGUGUGUGUGUGUGUGUGUGUGUG